UCACACUUUCUCGGCACAAGGCGCAAUUUCGCCGAUCAGGCAAUGUCAUAAAACUAUUGCGGACGACUUUGCACUUAUUGAACCAGCCAGCAUCCAAAGACAUCCGGAAGGACUUCGGUAACAAUGGCUCAACACCCACAAACAAUCUUCCAUGAAACCACCCUCCCGUCCCCGUCCCUCCUCCAGUCUCGCCGGGAAAUCUUCCACGCCGUCGGCGUCAAGGCGCAGCUGGCCCAGCUCCGCAAGACGGGACGGUACACGUGCUUCGACCUCAAGUGGCAGCCCGGGGUGUACGAUGACCUGUCGCGCUGGCCGUGUCCGCCGCCGGUAUACUGGGAUAGCGACGUCGCCAAGUGGAUCGAGGGAGCGUGCUACCUCCUGCUGGACCGGUAUGAUGCCGAGGUCGACGCCGCGGUGCGGGCGAUUGUGGACAUGAUGAGAAGUGCGCAGGGGGACGACGGGUAUCUGAAUCUCUACUUCACGGUCAUUGAGCCGGAGAAGCGCUGGAGUAAUCUGAGGGAUCAACAUGAGCUAUACAAUGCCGGCCAUCUUGUCGAAGCGGCCCUCGCACAUAGCAAGUAUUACAAGAACGACCUCCUUCUCGAGCCCAUCAUCAGGUACGUCAAGCUCAUCCGGUCCGUCUUUGGGCCCGAGGAAGGUCGCAGGCACGGAUACCCGGGCCACCCGGAGACGGAGCUGGCGCUGCUGCGUCUACACGCAGUCACGGGUAAUCAGGACGCCUACGAGUUGGGACGGUACUUUAUCGAGGAGCGCGGGAACCCAACAGGUCAGCACGGCCAGCAUUACUACGAUUGGGAGGCGGAGGAGCGCGGCGACAGCCCCUGGAAGCGCCCGAACUCAUAUGUCCAUGCGUACGACCACUUUUACAACCAGUCCCACAAGCCCAUCCUCGAGCAGGAUACUGUCGAGGGCCACGCCGUUCGGGCCAUAUUGUGGGACAACAUGGUGGACAGGAAGAUGUACCUCACCGGUGGCAUUGGUGCGAUGCUCAACUGGGAAGGAUUCGGGAUCGACUAUUUCCUACCUCAGGGCACCGACGACGGCGGGUGCUACAACGAGACGUGUGCGUCCAUCGGCGUGAUGAUGCUCGCCGAGCGACUGCUGCAUCUCGACCUGGACUCGCGCUAUGCCGAUGUGAUGGAGUUGUGUCUUUACAACACCGUCAUGGGCGCUAUGGGUCUCGACGGCAGGUCUUUCACCUACGUGAACCAGCUUGCAAGCUCGGAAAAGGACAACGAUCGCCGCGAGUCGUGGUUUGAGACGUCGUGCUGCCCCCCAAAUCUGAUGCGGCUGUUCGGCAGCAUCGGCGGUUACCUCUGGGACUACGGCAGUCCAGCUGCGGACGAGGUGUUUGUCAAUGUGCACCUGUACACCACGGCUGAAGUAUCCUUCGAGACAGGAGGUGGCGCGAAAGUCAGCUUUGCGCAACUCUCAGACUGGCCACAAGAUGGUAAGGUGUCGUUCCAAAUCAAGGCGCCGUCGACCCUCAAAACGACCAUCAGACUGAGGUGGCCAUCGUGGUCCCCAGAUUACAAGAUCACGCCCUCCACUGCUGAGGAGUUUGAGUGUGUGGGCGGUUACAUCGUGAUCCCGAGCUCAUAUACAUCUAAGCAUUCCGAGUUCACGGUGGACUUUGACGGUUUCGCUCCACGACAGGUAUAUCCGCAUCCGUACACAAACCAGCAUGUGGUGGCUCUGGCUCGCGGCCCAGUGGUCUACUGUGUAGAGGACACCGACAAUCCCUGGGAGAAGGACCACUUCCGGGAUACUGGUCUUGCUCGCCAUGGAGAGAUCCAAGAGAGGUCUCGAAGCAUGCCUAUGCCUCUGGGCUCAGGCGAUCAGGCUGAGAAGCAGUGUCAUUAUAUUGAGUUACAGGCCAAAGGUUGGACACGGAAACACGAAAAGGGCAGUGAUACAAGGGGACGAGGGCGAGGACAAAAGUCGAUACGGCAGGCAUAUGCUGCAGAAAAGGAGGCGGACAACGAAGAGGCUGUUACCCUGGUAUUCUUGCCUUACUAUCUCCGAGCAAACCGCGGAGGCCGAGGCAUGAUGAGAGUAGGGCUGCUGAGAGAGUAG